AGCCCCUCUCUGAGCACGAUGGGAACCACAGAAGCCACUUUGCGGAUGGAAAACGUGGAUGUGAAGGAAGAGUGGCAAGACGAGGACUUCCCCAGACCUCUCCCAGAAGAGACGGGGAUGGAGUCGCUGGGCAGCCCUACAGAAGACGAGAAUACAUCCUCUCCCCCAAAUACUUUAAACUUUAAUGGGGCGCAUCGUAAGCGGAAGACACUUGUUGCACCUGAAAUCAACAUUUCCCUGGACCAGAGUGAAGGCUCCAUUCUCUCCGAUGACUUCCUGGACACACCAGAUGACCUGGACAUUAAUGUGGAUGAUAUUGAAACUCCUGAUGAGACAGAUUCCCUCGAAUUCCUGGGGAACGGGAACGAACUGGAAUGGGAAGAUGACACUCCCGUAGCCACAGCUAAGAACAUGCCUGGGGACAGUGCAGACCUGUUCGGGGAUGGUGGGACAGAAGAUGGGAGUGCUACUAAUGGACGGCUCUGGAGGACUGUCAUCAUAGGAGAGCAGGAGCACCGCAUCGACCUCCAGAUGAUCAAACCCUACAUGAGAGUGGUGACACACGGAGGGUACUAUGGAGAAGGUCUCAACGCCAUCAUUGUCUUUGCUGCCUGCUAUCUCCCGGACAGUAACCUGGCUGAUUACCACUACAUCAUGGAGAAUCUCUUCCUAUACGUGAUCAGUAGUCUGGAGCUGCUGGUGGCUGAGGACUAUAUGAUUGUGUACCUGAACGGAGCAACGCCCCGGAGGAGGAUGCCAGGCCUUGGCUGGCUGAAGAAAUGCUAUCAGAUGAUAGACAGAAGGCUGCGUAAAAACCUCAAAGCAUUGAUAAUCGUGCAUCCUUCAUGGUUCAUCCGGACAGUGCUGGCUAUAUCCAGACCCUUCAUCAGUGUGAAGUUUAUCAAUAAGAUCCAGUAUGUUCACAGCCUGGAGGAACUGGAGCAACUUAUCCCAAUGGAGCACGUACAGAUUCCAGACUGCGUUCUACAAUAUGAAGAAGAGAGGAUCAAGGCCAGAAAAGAAAGGGCAGAAGAGAAACAAGACAUGGCUGAGAAGGAAAGGCCUGUACCCCCAGCAGAGGACCAAGAAACCAGUAUGUCAUGAAUUGAAAUAGUGUGGAAUGAAUGGAGUCGAAGAAUGACGCAGCCUGGCAGCCACCCACGUAAAUGACCUUUUGGUAUAAGACCUUGUUGCCAUCUUAUUCCGAGUUCUGUAAGAUCGCGGAGCCUGCCUCCCCUGUCUCCAAGAUGCAAAGUCCUUUAAACUUUUUGGAAACAUUUUACUUUAAAAAAAAAAACAAACAAAAAACCACCCACAAAACAAAGCAAGCCAAGAAUAGCACUUUUCAGGACAGGUUCCAGUGUGUUUCAAUAAUGGUCUGUGGAGAGCUAUUAAGUAGUGCAAAUAGAUACCAUGUUCCCUCUUAGUAAGUUAAGAGCAUCCUGUAGUCCAUUAGUCACCAGCCCAGAAAGAGAUAUAUUUUUUGUUUAAAUUAUAAACCCUUCCCCUAACUUGCUGCUGGCCAGCACUGAGACAUUUUGCUUUAAACUGCACACCCAGUUUCCUCCAUACAGACAUUACAACAGCCAUUGCCCCAGGGAAUAACUAAUACAGGCAAUGAAAAGAGCGCAUUUUCGUCCUUUCUAUAGCCAGUGUAUGUUUCUUCCUGAAAAUACCAAGUGCCCACCAGUCUAGGCACCUCUUCCAGCCUUGACCGCCUCAGUUAAUUCCUUGCCAGUUCCUCUUAUUAACUCACACUGAACCAUUCCUAUAAGUAAAUGCCAUGUUUUUUUCCUGAUUUGUUCUGUCUCAGUUUGUAAGACACUCUGAUAACUUUGAAAGAGAGCCCCAUAUGGCAUGGCAGCCUCCACAGAACCUUCUUAUGAGCAUCUUCUCAUAUCAACGCACACACACCAAGGUCUGGUUUUAAGAAGGAGCCUUACGGACAGGAAAGUUUUUCACGCCU